AGCUGAUAAAGACCUAAAGACUAUAAACAAUAAAUUAAACAGUUUAAAUAAAUUUAAUUUAAGAUGGCUCUUCCUCGUGUAUGUGCUAGUAUUUUACAAGUAGUUAAAAAUCAUAGUUUUAGUCAGCACUUAAAAAUAAGUCCUAGAUAUUUCCAUACAUCUAGGUGCACAUUGGCAGAAAGACUAUUCACUAAUAAACACGAAUGGGUUGAAGUUACCGAAAAAAUUGGAGUUGUUGGAAUAUCACAGUAUGCCCAGGAAGCCUUAGGUGAUGUAGUAUAUGCCCAAUUACCAGACGUAGAUACAGUGGUAAAACAAAAAGAUGAAUGUGGAGCAUUAGAAAGUGUCAAAGCAGCUAGUGAAAUUUAUAGUCCAAUUUCAGGAAAAGUAGUAGAAAAAAAUGUAGAAGUUGAAAAUAAUCCAUCACUGAUUAAUACUUCGUGUUAUGACAAAGGGUGGUUAUACAAAGUAGAGUUAUCAAAUCCAGACGAAAUCAAGGAAUUGAUGUCAGAAGAAAAGUACACCGAGUUUUUAAAAACCGCGGAAUCUCACUAAACACCAAAGAUUUUAAUGUUUGUUGUAUAUAUUUUGUUGUGUUAUAGACGUUUUGGUAAGAUUUUCUAAAAAGUAAUAAAGCCUUAGUUUU